AUGCAAUCUCAAAUGUGCCCUGACGACAUGGCUUGGGAACAAGCCGAGGAGACAUCAGACAUGUGGCUCGUUCAAUUCCUUGAACUUGACAUUUUGAGACCGAUCGCAGAUUUCAUGCUCAAUCACAACAGAGGCAUUGCUACCGAGUUUGCCAUACUCAGGAAGGGCUCUUAUAACAUCUCCUUGCGGUUGAAGUACCGAAAUGGUUCCACCGUGAUCCGGCUGUCACAGCCUGGCGCAGUUCUUUUCCCCGAGGAGAAAGUCGUGAAUGAGGUUGCCGUAAUGCGGUUUCUCACGGACCAGACAUCGAUACCUAUCCCUUUUGUUCUGCAAUCGGGUACAAAGAAAGAGAGCCCCCUCGAACUCAGCCCAUUUAUUAUAAUGGAUUAUGUCGAACAUGAAACCAAAAUGUACAAUGCUCUCAACACACCGGGAUGUCUGACAGAGGAACGUGGAAUUUUGGAUCCGAACAUCGAUGAACGCAGACUUGAAUUGUUGUAUAGGCAGCUGGCGGAUAUUCUGCUUCAGCUCUCUACACCCUCUUUGCCUCGCAUAGGAUCUCUCAGCCAGAUCGAUGACUUGACUUGGAAAGUAGCACGCCGACCUUUGUCAAUGAACAUGAAUGAACUUGUGCGCCUGGGAGGCUUGCCGCGGUCAAAACUUCCCGAUCUAUAUACUACAUUCAACACAUCUUCUUCGUAUAUCGAAGCCCUCGCGGAUCUCAACAUUGAGCAUUUGAUCCACCAAAGAAACGAUUCAGUGCAGUCCGCAGAUGACUGUCGGCGAAAAUUUGUGGCGCGGCAGCUUUUUCGUAAGCUCGCCAAGGGCAAGAGACUCACAAACCCAUGUUUCGAGCAAGGGCCUUUCAAAAUUUGGUGUGAUGAUUUACGGCCGGCCAAUGUGCUCCUCAAUGAGAAUAUGCAGAUUGCCGGCGUGGUAGAUUGGGAAUUCACAUACGCAGUUCCCGCUGAAUUUUCCUAUGCGCCACCUUGGUGGUUGCUUAUUGAGAAGCCUGAGCUCUGGUCAAAGGGCCUUGAAGACUGGACAAGUGUGUUCGAUAAUCGUCUGAAGACAUUCCUCAAGGUGAUGAAGGAUUGUGAAGACACAGCAAUUCAUCAAGGUCGGUUGGGACAAGACCAGCGACUCUCCGGUCUUAUGCAUGAGAGCUGGGAGAGCGGGGAUUUCUGGAUCAUGUAUGCAACGUUGCACAGCUUUGCCUUUGAUGCAAUAUACUGGCAAAAGAUUGACCCACGCUUUUUUGGGCCCAUCGAAAAUCCCGAGGAAGCGUGGAAAGAGAGACUCAAUCUGUUGGAUGAGAAUGAAAGGGAUGAGAUGGAACGGUUGGUAGCUCGGAAGCUGAACGAGAUGAAUACCAGGGUUCUAGCGUGGGACCCAGAUGAUUAUACCGUGGCUUUUCGCCAGCAACUGAAGGGAGAAAAGACAAACGAAGAGAACUCAAUAACAGGUUGA